UUAUAUUCUAUUUCUAAAAAAUAGACGUCACGUCAUUAAAUCGAGUUGGUUUAGAUUUUCUGUUUUAUGUAAAUCUAUUGCAAAUUUGCAAUUAUAAUCGGCGACAAGUGUCUUUUUGUUGAUUAAGGUUUUUAUUCCAUAACGAUAAUCUUCAUAAAUUAAAAGAAAUUAUGGGGCCAAGGUGACAUCAAUCUCUACAGCCGUACACAUUUGGUUUUAAGAAGAAAUUCUUCACAACUAUUCAGAUAUGGUAUUAGAUGCGCCUGCACCGGUGUGACGGUUGCCUCGCGGCUUGCCGACCGGAGCGCCGCGUCGCGCACAAUAAACAUACUAUUACCAGAAGUAAUCACUUGAAGCGAGCGAGGCGGGUGCCGUACACCCCGCUGAAAGAGAACCACGUGAUGGCAAACAUGCCGACACUCCCGACGCCGCCCGACAGCGUGGCACCGCCCAUGCCCUGGUUCGGUAUGGACAUUGGUGGGACCCUCACGAAAUUGGUGUACUUCGAGCCCAGGGAGACGAACCGGCGGGAGAUAGAUAAGGAAACGGAGAUAUUGAAGAAUAUACGGCGGUACCUCACCAGGAAUUCGGCGUAUGGCAAGACUGGCAGGAGAGAUGUGCAUUUACAGAUGGACAACGUGACAAUCCGCGGCCGCCACGGCACGCUCCACUUCAUCAGGUUCCCGACGAGCGAGGUCGGCUCGUUCCUGCAACUCGCUCGCUCCAAGGGAAUGGCCACUCUCCUUAACACAAUAUACGCCACUGGUGGUGGCGCCUACAAGUUUGAGGAGGACUUCAUUAAGGAAGUGAACAUGCGACUGUCAAAAUUGGACGAACUAGACGCGUUGAUAGCGGGUGUUCAGUUUAUCGACUCGAUGAACCCGCAUGAGUGCUAUUACUGGGAACCGAACCCGGAGAGCACGACUGACAAUGACUCGCCGCCAUACUUGGAGCCGUGCCUCAGCCAGUACGUGAGGAAACCGUUCGAUUUCUCAUCACCAUAUCCCUUCCUUCUGGUGAAUAUUGGGAGCGGGGUCUCCAUGCUGGUCGUCAGCUCGCCCUACGACUAUUGCCGAGUCAGUGGGACCAGUCUGGGUGGUGGGACAUUCCUCGGUCUCUGUUGCCUGCUCACCGGCUGCAGCAGUUUCGAAGAAGCCAUCGCGUUGGCCGCCUCGGGCGAUAAUACGACCGUCGACAAAUUGAUACGAGACAUCUAUGGAGGGGAUUAUGAGAGGUUCCGGCUGAGAGGGGAUUUGGUCGCGAGCAGCUUCGGCCAAAUGUGUUCGGCUGAUCGACGUGCGAAGGUCUCCCGCGAAGACCUGGCUCGAGCCACUUUGGUCACCAUCACCAACAACAUUGGCUCCAUUGCGCGCCUCUGCGCCUCCAACCAGAAUAUACAGCGGGUGGUGUUUUGCGGCAACUUCCUCCGAGUGAAUCCUUUGUCGAUGAAGCUGCUGAGCUAUGCCAUGUCUUAUUGGUCCAAGGGAGCUUUGAAGGCGCUGUUCUUGGAACACGAAGGGUACUUUGGCGCUGUGGGCUGUCUACUCCAUUACGAGAGUAAAAACGAUAAACAAAAUUGCACAGAAAACGCUCAGACGGAUAGGUGAAUCUGUAGCCUUAUAUAGGGUGUUUUGUUAUUUGAUACCGGUUAAAUAUCAAAUAAUUGGAACACCUGUGAAUAAUGAUAUUAUAAUGCUGUAAAUAUUUAAAAAAUCGUAUAGAGCCAAGCACGAGUUUUAUCGUCUCUAUAUCGUUUUGAUAACGUUUGUGAAAAAAAAAUUUUAAUAGAGUAAAUCAUAUUCGAGCACUAGGUACAUUUGAUCAGUCCAUGGGCAGCGGUAUCCCUUGAGGCGAACGUCUUGCCCGUUUGCCUCUUGUUAUGUAAAAGAGAUACCUAGCUCAAGUAGUUGUCAGUAAUGUCAGAUUUGGACACUCGAGAGUAUCGAUUUUCGAGUAAUACUCUACAUAUUAUAUACUACAUUAGUUUACUAUAUGUAUUCUAUUCAAAUUAUGUACUAUAUGUUCAUACAAAAAUGUAUGGAUUUUUUUACAUUUACUUUCAGAAGUAGAUGACGUUUAAACGAUAAAUAUCGUGCUUGGCGCUGUAUUGUUUUUGUUUACCAGUAUGCAUUGACGAAUGAAGCCAAUAUUGCCACAUUUAAAAACAUAGGCGUUACUUUUUGUAAUUAUAUAUUAUGAGAAAUAUAUAUACAGGGUGUAACAAAGUCUAUUAUAUUAACCAUCUAUAAAUACAUUCGUUGUUUAAUCUAUGCCAUCGAUAUAUAUGGUGCGACCAUUCCAUCCCUGAGGGGCCUUUCAAGUAUUAUGUACGCAGAUUUACUGUCAGCAAAAAAAAGCAAAGCUCUCAAUAUUUUGUAUAUUAACGAUUUAUUAUCAAAUAAAAAAAUCAAAUAAACCACCCUCUCCCCUUUCUCUCUCCUCCCCUCUCUCUUUCCC